UUUUGGUCUUGGUCUCCUCCUUCUGUUGUCCUCAACAGCAUAUGCAAAAGGCUGCAGCAACGCCUCCGUCCACAUUUUCAUAAUCAGCGACUAGUUGCAUCCUGCUCUUCAGAUGCUGGGAGACAAGGCUCACGGUGUGACUUUGAAGGUUAUGGAAUACACGUAUGAUGACGAUCUGGAAGAGUUGUGUCCUGUGUGUGGCGACAAGGUGUCCGGGUAUCACUACGGGCUGCUCACCUGUGAAAGCUGCAAGGGCUUCUUCAAAAGGACAGUGCAGAACAACAAGCGGUACACUUGUGCUGAAAAUCAGGAGUGUAAAAUUGACAAGACUCAGAGGAAGAGAUGUCCUUUCUGCCGCUUUCAAAAAUGUCUCAGCGUCGGGAUGAGACUAGAAGCGGUGCGUGCGGACCGCAUGCGUGGGGGGAGGAAUAAAUUCGGGCCCAUGUACAAGAGGGACAGGGCCUUGAAGCAGCAAAAGAAGGCUUUGAUACGAUCCAACGGCUUCAAAUUGGAGAGCGCAGCCCCUCCGUCAGUCUCUCCUCUCCACGCUGACUACGGCUUCAGCGGCCCCCUGACCGGCGUGCCCGUCAUCCCCAAAAGCAUCCUCCCCUCCAUCACCCCCACAGACUAUGAGGCAAACCUGUAUGCGCCCCCGUCCCUGGGUAUGCAGUCCCACGCCCCCCUUAGCGGCCAGUACCAGUACACCAGCUUCCCCGGCAGGGUCAUCAAAGCAGAGUGCCCCGACUACACCAGCUCGCCCGAAUCUCUAACUGGAUACGCCUACCCAGAAAUGUACCCCUCGGCCUCACCGCAGGCCCCCAGCCUGCCGCCGCUCGUGCUGGAAAUGCUGCGCUGCGAUCCGGACGAGCUGCUGGUCCAGAACAAGAUCGUCACUCAUCUGCAGCAGGAGCAGAGCAGCCGGGGCCGGCUGGAGAAACCCAGCGCCUUCAGCCUCAUGUGUCGCAUGGCAGACCAGACCCUCUUCUCCAUAGUGGAGUGGGCUCGCAGCUGCAUCUUCUUUAAGGAGCUCAGGGUGGGAGAUCAAAUGAAGCUGCUGCACAACUGCUGGUCUGAACUUUUGGUCCUGGAUCACAUUUUCAGACAAGUGCAACAUGGAAAGGGAGACAGUAUCCUGCUGGUGACUGGCCAGGAGAUCGAGCUGUCUUCUGUUCUGUCUCAAGGUGAGGCAACUUUGUCAAGUUUGGUCCAAAGAGGACAGGACCUUGCUGUAAGGUUGAGGGUCCUGCAGGUGGACCGCAGGGAGAUUGCCUGUCUGAAAUUCCUGCUCCUAUUCAACCCCAAUGUGAAGCUGUUGGAGAACCAGGCAUUUGUGGAGGGUGUCCAGGAGCAGGUGAAUGGAGCUCUGCUGGAGUAUACCCUGACCACCUACCCUCAGUUCCAGGAGAAGUUCAGCCAACUGGUGGUGCGACUACCUGAGCUACGCUCCCUCAGCACGCAGGCUGAGGACUACUUGUGCUACAUGCAUCUUAGUGGAGAGGUGCCCUGCAACAACCUGCUGAUUGAGAUGCUCCAUGCCAAGCGAGCAUGUGUGUGAGGGAUGCAGCAGGACAUGUUUCACCAUGUUGUGUGUCUUGUUGAGACUGUGUGCGAUCAGGAAGUCAGUAAUGAAUGUGGACUUCAUGCUGGCUCAUCUUUGUGAGCAUUUUUAUAGCUGGAGAGGUUCUUGUGAGUUUGAUAGAGCCCCAUCUGUGUUUCAGAUUGUUUUAAGCAUUUAAUGUAAAUGUUUGUAUAUUUAUGUGACCUCUUUAAAUUGGAUUAUAAAAAAAAUUAAUGACAUCAUCAAAUUUAGUGAGAAUGAACAAUAUCCUUUCCCCCAAACUCCAAUGGACUAAACAUUGCCAACACAAUGUGUCCACCUGCUUCCAACUCAGCAAUGACAACCACAGAUAAAAAUGUGUAAUGACAAUGACAAAGUUGUCAGAUGUUGAAAGCACUAUUUUAUUAAAGCUCAAUUGUAAAAUGUGCUUAGGAAGCUGGUGCUCUACUGUCAGAUAGAAUGGCACCAUUAGCCUGGAACCAUCUUAUGAAUGAUGGCCUGGUGAUUAACUGCACUUUUUAUGACAAAUUUUAUAACAUCUUUUAAGAAAUUGAAUGUUGGAGUAGUCAUUUUCUUUUAUUAUCAAAAUAUUGCAGAUGAGUGAUUCUGUUGUUUUUAGAUGAUGAUGAUAUUGAUAACAUUCCAGGUGAGGACAUUCUCCGUAGAAUGUGCAGUUUCAUUUUGUCAUAUUUUAUAGUCAAUAUAGUUUGGUUCUAAUCUAUUUAAAUAUUAAUAUAUUGAUAUCACAACAUAGAUCUGUUAAAGACAUACUCAUAAAAUUAAAUAAAAAGAAAAGUAGGAUAAGUCCAUCCAUUUUCCUUACUGCUUGUCCUCACUAGGGUCGCGGGCUGCUGGAGCCUAUCCCAGCUAUCUUCGGGCACGAGGCGGGGUACACCCUGAACCGGUCGCCAGCCAAUCGCAGGUCACAAAGAAACAAACAACCAUUCACACUCACAUUCACACCUACGGGCAAUUUAGAGUCUUCAAUAAACCUACCACGCAUGUUUUUGGGAUGUGGGAGGAAACCGGAGUGACCGGAGAAAACCCACCGAGGCACGGGGAGAACAUGCAAACUCCCCACAGGCGGGGCUGGGAUUUGAACCCCGGUCCCCAGAACUGUGAGGCAGAUGUGCUAACCAGUCACCCACCGUGCCGGCUAAGAUAAAGUCAGUAUCCAAAUUAAAAACAGGAGUCAUGGUAGAGAUGUCAAAUUUAUUUUUCUUUUGCUCAGAUCUUAGCAGGUAUUCAACUUGGCCAACAGACAACACGGGAAGGGAAAAGAAGCAGGUUACAAAAUUUCAAUAUUUGAUUUUGUGUACUUAUCUACAGUGUACCGAAAGAAAAAUAAACAGUUUUUGAGUCAUAUUUGCCUAUAAUUUUUUAGGAAUAGUGAAUUGUGACUCAUUUUGAAAACAUACCACGCGAUCGUAGUAGUUGCCACGCUAGUCAGUAUAGUCACAUGAGAACACUAAGUCAGCAACGUGACAAUACUAAAUUUCAUAUUUUCUGUCAGCCAUCAAGGCUGUUUUCAUCAAAAAAGGUCAGAAAUUCCUUAUUCAGUUAACAGCUCAUUAAUAAUAUUUAAUUUUUCAUUGAGGAAGUCUUACUACUGUAGUACAAAACGGUUGGCUGCUAUGGGUUUUAAUACAAAUGCUAACUUUGUCUGUUUCUAUCAGCAUACCUGUGAUGCAUUGGUAUUUACACAGAACCAGUGUAUCAUAAAAAUUGAACAUUCACCUUUUUAAAAUAAUGUCAUAUAUGUACAUUAGCACUCAUGUUAGUUGGUUGUUUGUUUUAGACAAUUCCAAUGUCCUGUUGCCUAGAUAUUUAUUGGAUUAUUAUAUGUUUGUUUGCUGCGAUAUUUUUCAAUUUAACAGCUUGCGUACUGAGCAGUUUCAAGUCAGUCUAUCAACACAUUGGAUCACAUUGGAAAUCCGAAUAAUGGGUCUAACAGAACAAUAUGUGUCUGUUCUUGGUAGUGAUGGUCCUCAAUGUGGUAUCUGUGGCACUUACUGUGUUGAAAGUAAGCUAGACUCAUUGACAUAUUGGUGACUUAUGCUAUGGCCACAUUCAGCGACAAUGACAAUGUAAACGACAUGAACUCUUGCCAAUUGUGAAACAAACACACAGAUGAACAAGUGUUUGUAACAUUACACAAAUCACUGUAGACAUUUGAAAUCUUUCCUUUAAAUAAUAGGUGUCCGAAAUGUCAAGAAUCAUAGACAAUCAUUAUGUCUGCCUUAAUGUGAAUGUCACACACAGACACACAAAGCACACACCCUUGAUGUCCCUGCUGAGGCAGGCGGGUGUUAACGUGGUAUACAUGGUGUAUAUUUAUGUUGUGAAGUGACAAAAUUAUGAUUCAUUUAAACUUUAAAGAAGUUCUCAGCUUUUCUUCUGCGUCAAUUUGCCACUGUUGUGAAACAGAUUCUCUCGAUAUUGCUUUUGUUUUUGUCCUUCAACUUUUUUUUUCAUUGUAGGUUGACAAUCUGUCCCAUUUUAAGGUGUUUUUCUUCCAAAAAGAGACAGCGACUGACCAAAGCAUUUUGUUCUGUUUCAAUUUUAUUGUAAUAGUAUCACACCAAUAAAAGUCAAUGAAACAAAGCUGCACUUGUGAGUUGGCUAUUUUUGCCACUUUCAAAAGAGCCUAUAGUAUUUACAACUAUUAGAGGAGUUAUGUGUGGUGGUUUUUUAGCCUUGUUUGAUGAUUUAUAUUACAUAACAAAUAGUAUCUCUUUAUCUGAAACAGUAAUGCUCAGCAAAAUAGAAAAAAUAUUUGAACAAUUAUUGAUAAUUAAAAUGAAACUCAUUUAACUCCUUAAAUGACAAAUCAACAAAUAAAGUAUGUCAAAAUAAAAAGUAGAAUAAUCAUGUCUAAAAAUACAAUUGAUGAAAACAUUUUAGACUGCAUGUGGACUUUAAAUCAGCUAACACAAAGACCUACCUGACCUUUAUAAACAUAUUGUGCAUCAGCUACGAAGAUACAAUAACUGUAAGGUCAGACAAGACCACCAGUGCAUACACAGAUGCUAAGUAUGUUGUAACCUUUUAACCUUAAGACAAAAUGGCUAGGACAGUGUUAGUGACUGAAUUUGGUCUACUCUUAAUAGAGUAAUAGCUAAGUCUGAAGCCAACAGAGAAUUUAAAACUCGAAUAAAAUAGAAGUCUUGGAAGAUACAGGAUACAACACACAACUCAAGUUUACAACCCCUGGGCCAUAUGUUUUUGUAAUACCAAGCCUACAGUGAAAACAGUGAAAAAGUGGACCAAUGAAGCAAAGAUGGAACUUCAAAGCUGUUUAGACUGCACAGACUGGAGUGUCUUUGAAAAUUCAGCUGGCAGCCUGGAUGAAUAUACGAACACUGUCACAUCCUAUAUCAGUUUCUGUGAAGCGAUUUGUGUACCAAAAAAGUCAUUUCGCACAUUCAACAACAAUAAACCGUGGUUCACUGCCAAACUGAAGCAGCUUUGCCAAGAUAAGGAGGACGCAUAUCAAAGCGGGGACAGGGCCCUGUAUAAUCGAGCUAGAAACCAGCUGACUAAAGAAAUUAACGUUGCAAAGGGGAACUAUGCAGCUUAUACAGUUUAGCGCUAACGACUCUAAAUCAGUCUGGCAUGCAUUCCAAUCGCUGACAAAUUACAAGCAACGAUCCCCCCAAGCUGAGAAGAAUAGCACACUAGCCAACGACUUGAACACCUUCUACUGCAGAUUUGUAAAGGAUAAUUUCACACCCCACUCCAGUCUUCACACAGAUCUUCAAUAGAUCUCUGGAACUGUGCGAAGUACCAUCCUGUUUCAAACGCUCCACCAUUAUUCCAGUCCCCAAGAAACCUACAAUCUCAGGCCUAAAUGACUAAGGCCUGUCGCCUUGACAUCUGUGGUCAUGAAGUCCUUUGAACCUCUCGUGCUGGACCACCUCAAGAGGGUCAAAGGUCCCCUGCUGAACCCCCUGCAGUUUGCCUACUGA